UUGGGCUAUUGGUGCUGCUUUUUUCAUUGUGUAUUACAUUUGAAUUGUGAUUCGGCUGAGUAUUUGAUGCGCUCAGUGCAAACAUGACUAAUCAUAAUUAACUGAAAAAUAUUAGGAUCGAAUUCUAAACAAAAUUCACGAAAAAGGAAUGUGGAAUUAAAAUCGAAUUUCGUUUGUUUCGUUUGUUUCACUGACGAGAAAAAAAUUGUGUUUUCUUGUGUAAAUCUAGUGGGCAAGAAAAAAAUGUCCACGACUCUACAAUACGAUACAUCCAAAGUGCAGUCAAACGAGAACAAAUAAUAUUUUUUGUUGGUGAUUCAAUAUUUUCUUAGUAAUUUUCCAGUGUUGAAAUAAUUUGAGCUAGCUCAACGAAAAUUUGAUUACGGAAUAAAGUUAAAUUCAUUGCAAUAGAUAAAAUAUUUUUUAUGGUGUGAGAUAGAACAAACCACACACACUUGAAGAAGAUGACGUUUGUAAAAUGUCAGUGACUUGAAACUUUAAUAAUAUAUACGACACAAGUACGAUCGAUAUAAGUAGCCAUGUGGUUUAAAUAGCAAAAUGAUUUUGAAAUUAAAAAGAAAUAAAUUAAAUAAAACACAAAUACGUGACCAAAUGUAAAUAAUAACAAUAAUAAUAAUCAAAAAGCAAACGAAUAGAUUAUAUGGACAUAUACAUAGCUUCCCAUAUAACUCACGAUACAAAAUUCAGUGUAAACAAUAAGAACAAGUAAAAAUUCGCAUAUAGAUGCUUAAAAUCAUCAAUUUAGACAUAAAAUUCAAUUUAUUUUGAUUCGACCGAAAAAAAAUAAAUAGAACUGUAAAAUGAUGGCAAACGCUUCCAUUGACGAUGGCUCACACGAACAAGUGUCAGAAGCGAUCGCAGCAAUGGUAAUGCGAAAAGGCUAUCGUGAUGGAGCUUCUUUUAUAAAUAAUGAGUGCGUUAAUGGCAAAAGUGAAUAUCUGAACUGUGUAUUGGAUGUUAUUCUUAGUCCAGAAAAUAAUAUCGAUAAUUUAGAAUACAUAGAAUGGUGCAAAUGGCUUAUUGCCGGUGGCCGUACACCUGAUGACUUCGCAAGCAUAGUUCGAACAUACGAUAAUCAUGCGAAAUGUGGUCUAGUUUGGAUACCACAUGUAGUUGCUUACCGAUGCCGCACAUGCGGAAUUUCUCCGUGCAUGUCAAUAUGCCGGAAUUGUUUCAAGAAAGGCGACCAUUCCACGCACGAUUUCAAUAUGUUUCUAUCGCAAGCGGGCGGUGCAUGUGAUUGUGGGGAUACAUCAGUGAUGAAAGCCGAAGGGUUUUGUUCCGACCACGGCAUCAAUAACCAUUCUAGAAGCUCAACUGUGCCAAAUGAUCUAAUGGCCGUCGCAGAGGCAAUAAUGCCACGAUUAUUACUUCGUUUGCUGUUUCACUUCCGUGAUGAUGGCAACAUUAAAGCCUGUGAUUCAUACUGUAGUAUGCUAAUGGAACUGAAUAAUAUAGGUGAACUAAUGCGUAACGUGAUGACUACAACUUUACUUGAUAAAUCGUUAUAUGUUUCGCUACUCAAUCCAGACACAACAAAAUCAUAUUCUGAGUUCUUAGUUCGAAGCAUAAUCAAGUAUAAAGAUGCCAAAAGCAAGUUGAAAAGUCCGGUGGCACCAAACAAAUAUAAAGAUUUUGUAGCUCUCCAAAGUGACAUUGUGCAUUCGUCAUUGUUAGAAGAAUUAAUAUUCUGGACGUUCAAAUAUGAAUUUCCACAGAAUUUUGUUUGUUUUCUAUUGAAUAUGCUACCCGAUCCAGAGUAUAAGGAACAAUUGACACGAACGUUUGUAAUGCACUACAGCCGCAUUCCAAAGGUUUUGGAAACGUCAGGCGAUCCGGAUACACUGAGCAACCGAGUCGUUCAUAUGAGUGUGCAACUAUUUUCAAAUGAAAGUUUGGCGCUUAAAAUGGUCGAAGAAUUGAAUCUUUUGCAUGUGAUGAUCAUUAGCUUAAAGUCAAUGAUGGCACAAAAUCUAAUACGAAAUACAUUACACGAUGAAGAUCGAAAUACACACGAUGUUAUUGAUUGUGCUACUAAAGCAAUGAAAGAACACUGCUAUUGGCCGCUCGUUUCUGAUUUCAACAAUGUACUUUCUCAUGAGUCGGUGGCAUUAGUUUUUCUUCGGGACGAUGAUUUAGUAAAUAUGUGGUUUCAAUUUUUAUCGAUGCUGCAAGGAAUGAAUGUCAAUGUUCGCGAAGUUGGGAGUCAUAUCGAAUACGAACCAAGUUCCUAUUAUGCAGCCUUUUCAUGUGAGCUAGAAGCAAGUGCAUAUCCAAUGUGGUCCAUUAUAUCGCAUUUGAAUGACAAUACAUAUGCUCAGCUUGCGAAAAAAAUCAUCAUAUUCUGCUCUAACUAUCUGCAAGACUGGUUGAAAGCAAUUUAUCAAUCAAAACAUGAUAAGAGUGAAGUUAUUAAAGAUGAUAAAAAUGAAAUGAUGCGCGCUUCCUUUCAUUUCCCACUUCAUCGGUAUCUGGCUGCAUUUACAUGUCAAGCCGUUAGCAAAAUGAAUAUGACACUCAAAGACAUCAUCCCUCAGCCGGACCUACUUACUCUCUUAAUGAUUCAUCCUCUACGCGUGCAGAGUUUUUUUUAUGAAAUUUUGGCUGGAGUAUGGAUACGAAAUGGUUUACAGAUAAAAGGUCAAGCAAUGACGUAUAUACAAGCGAAUUUCUGCAAUUCGAUGGUUGAUAUGGACUUAUAUUUCUUGCAAAUUUGCGCAAUUCAAUUGCCACCGAAAGUAUUUUUAUUGAAUGCAAUUGAAUCAUUCGGUGUUGGUGACUGGCUCGGUAUGUGCCAGCUAUCUCAGCCACAAGAAAUGGAACAAGACUCAAUGAUGGAGGGAUUGUUGACAUUUUUGUCUACGAUCGUUUCAUCCCGAACGAACUUAGGGAAUGACGAAAAGGCACAAUGCAUAAUCGAAAUAAGUGCCUUGCUCGCCACUGGCGACAAAACACACAGUCAACUAUUAGAACUAAUGCCGGAACGUUCGGGAAAUUCACACACCAGAAAUUUUGAACAAUAUUUGAAUGAAUUAUCCAUAUUCAAGCAACCACCAAGUCUGUCGGAAAAUCUGGAACAAGGAUUGUUCAUGCCGACUGGUGAUGUAUGGGAGAGGUAUUACGAUCCGCUUCAUGUUCUAUUGCGAGCCGUGCACCGAAGAGAUUUCCAAAAUUCCAUGGAUCGUUUUCAAAAUUAUGUCAAGCACGAAAAGAAAAUGCCAAAAAGUGGAAGUCUUUGGCCACCAUUCAGAUUGCCAGCACCAGUGGGUGGAUUUUAUAGUGAUCCAUCAUGUAUUCUACAAUCACGUAUUUUGCAUUCAAUGAUUCUUGGCAUUCUAUACCGUGCAGUACACUUGUACAAUGUUUCAGAGCAUAUGCUAUCGCUGGCUAUAUUCUUAUUGGAAAUGGCUGUCACGUACACAAACAAUGUGCCAAAAGAUGCAUUGGAAUGUAAUCAAAACAAAAGUUCAUUUGCCUCAUCAAGCGAUAUCCCAGAGCUAUUGAAUGUUUACUCCGGUGACUGUUUAGCAGCAAAUCUUCGCCAUCAUGUCAGUCGUAUUGCAUUGGCUUCAAUUGAACCACAAAAUUCUCCAGCAAAUUAUAGCAACACCACGUUUGAUAGUGAUAUUGAAUGGGAUGUAUCGGAAAAUGAACCAUUACAAACCUUAAUGCCGAAUACUACGCAAAUGGAAUUGGAUACGGAAGAGACUCGAUUCGAUGUAGCUCAAGAUUUGAGCAUUCGGGAGCGCUAUUUACCUUUGCGUAAUGUUGAUACAAAUCCCGAAGCUGGUGCACUGGAACCAUAUGGAUCUUUGCCACCAAAUGAAGCUGUUAAUGCAAUUGAGUAUACAAGACGUGACUCGGAUCCAGAACCAUCGGGGUCAACACAUUUGGCACUACCGCCAGCACAUCCAACAACUGAAACAGGCAUGGAAGUUGUUGUUCGUCGCAAUUUGAGUAUCGUUGCAACAGAUGAAACGCAAAGACCACAAACAGAAAUGUUUUCACAUGCAAAUCCAGGCACAAUGCUGCCCUUCCAAAGAGUACAGCCGGUAGCUGUACCUAGAAAUAUGGAUAUUGUUGCUAGUACGGGAAAUAAUCAACGACGAAUCUUUUCGACAUCAUUCAAAUCAAAAAUCAUUGAGGGCAGCAUGUCCGAUACUGACUUCAUUCAAAUUGACGAAAGUAUUUUGUCACUUUUACUAAAGUUACACUCACAGUUGAGUGGCAUAUUGGACAGUUUUUCUUUGGAUGAAACAAUUGAAGAGAAAAACAUAGACGCUAUGGAUACCAGCGAAGCUGGAACAUCAAGUUCACAUGCUAGUCAAUCGAAUCACAAAAAUAUCAAUGUGUCGGAAGCGCGUAUUGGCGAUGGUCCAUUUUUCAUUGGAAAUCUAUUGAAGAAAAUUGCAAAAGCUGAUGAGGGCUGUGCUCAAUCAAUAAAUGAAAUCCGUCAACGUUUAUGGCCAAAUCAACGUGAAAAGCAAGCAGAACAAAGAGCCAAAGAAACUAAAGAAAAGGAAGAACGUAGUAAGCGUGCUCGUGAACGUCAACAAAAGCUUAUGGAAGAAUUUGCAAAUAAACAGAAACGAUUCAUGGAGCAAACAGCUGAAGAAAUGGACUAUUGUGACUAUGAUGAACAGGAAAAUGAUGAAGAAGUGACUAGAGAAAAAGAAUAUGUAUGCAUUAUAUGUAAUCUGACUAGCCCAAGUACUGAAUCAAAUCCAAUCGGUCUGGUUGUUCUAAUCGAGUCCAGUGGUGUAUUUGGUCAUCGUAGAAAGUGUGGUGAGAAAUUUAAACUGCCACUUAACGAUGAUGAAUCUAGUUCUUUGACAACAGAACGAUUUGCAACUGAGUGUACGCAUCGAAAUCAAUUACUUACAUAUCAAUUUGGUGAAGAGUCCUGGUUUUUGACCAGCAAUAACUCCUUUGAAUCAGGUAUAUUUGUACAGUCAUGCGGUCACUAUGUUCAUAUCGGAUGUCAUGAGUCUUAUUCAAGUUCAUUGAGUUCUCAACGUCAACAAAGUUUGAAUGUUGAACGCGGUGAGUUUUCAUGUCCGGUUUGCCGACAACUGGCUAACGCUGUUUUGCCAUUGAGCCCACAAACUGAGACACCAACUUCAGUUGUACGCACUAAGGACGAGAAGAAAAAAGAUCAUAUGCUCAAGUCAUUACUGGAAGAAUUAACCGUUCUUAUCAAGGAAAAUGAUCAACCUUCGCCAUCGAGACCAACUAAACUAAAUGAGGCAAUGGGACGUGCAAUGGAAAUCAUCACAGAAUGUACUUAUCCAAAAUUGUUUUCACCGUCACAGCGAAGGUUAUUCUUGUUUGUAACAUCUAUCGCCCGAACGAACCUGGAGGCUGAAAUAAUUCAAAGGGGUGGUUCACUUUGUUCGAAAAAUGCCUUGCGAUAUAAGCCAAAGCGAGAUUGUCUUGUGCCUCUGUUGAGCUUAUUGUCGGAAUAUUUACGCCUUUUGGCUGGAUGGCCGCUUUGGCAAUCUUUCGUGUCUUUGUACGAAGUUCAGUCGAUCAAUACCGCAACGGUGCCUGCACACUGUCAAGAAAUUAUUCCCAGUUUGUUGGCAGAUCCAAUAGCUCUUCUGAUUAAAUACACUUUAUUAGCCCCACUUCGUAUGGAUAUAGUUUACUUUACUUGCAUCGUAAAAGUAAUGUACAAUUUGUUGUACUUUCAAGUCAUUGUCAAAGUGUGCUCAUCUCUAACCGAAGCUGAAUGUGAUCAGAUAAUAUCAACAUACGCAACAAAUGAAAUGGUGGAUUUAGGCAGAUUCAAUUGCCUUGGAUCCGUAAUGGCUUUUGUAUUGAAGAUAACAAAUAAUUGCCAACAAUUCCGAAGAACUUCAUUAUGCAGCGUACCAAUUCCAUCUACUUCAACAUCCUCUCAACAACAGACUCAACUAAAUUUGAAUCAAAUAGAACAACAAUUGCAAAAUCUUUGUUUACCUUAUCUACGAAUUGCGACAUUACUUCGACAUCAUUUAUACGAACAAAAUCUACCCGUCAUUGAAGUUCCACAAAUGGAAUUUGUGUGCUUAGUUUCUUAUUUGGAAUUGGUAACGAUUGAUAUUAAUUGGAAUAGUUUUGAUGCAGCUGAAGCAUUAUGCUUCAUUCCUGGUCAUGAGCGUAAAUUGCCUGAACUAUGGUGCAACCAAUUGAUGAGCUUGCAUCGGGGUUCUCAGGCAGAAGAGCAGCACAGAGCUCUCGUCACAUUAGUGAACAAUCAACAUACAUUGUGGCAACAGCCAAGACUACUAACUCUUCCACGAGAAUAUGAAAAACUUUUUACGUACUACCAUGAAAAGGUCUGCACAAAUUGCAACAAUGUACCGAGAGAAUGUUCGAUUUGUUUGCUUUGUGGAACCAUCGUUUGUUUGAAACAACGGUGUUGUGCUGAAGCAAGCUGCUUUGAAGCUGUCAGGCAUUCAAUGCGAUGCGGUGGUGGAACUGGAAUAUUUUUGGUUGUGCCUUCAACUUAUAUAAUCGUGGUUAGAGGACGAAGAGCAUGUCUAUGGGGAUCACUCUAUUUGGAUGAUUAUUUCGAAGAAGAUCGAGAUUUAAGACGAGGUAGACCUUUGUAUUUGAGUGAGGAACGUUUCAAUUUAUUAGAAUCUCAAUGGCUAUCGCAUCGCUUUGCUCAUACGAAACAUACAUGGGUUUUGCAUAGAGAUACACUUUGAUUUCUUUAGAUAACUAUUGAAUCGAAUAAAAAUAUAAUAUUUCAAUAAAUAUUGUUUUAAAAAAAGAAUUGAUGGAAUGUGUAAACACAUACCAUUCUUUUUUUCAAAAGUCACGUUAAAGAAGCUCAACCUCAAUCUAAUAAACAUGAACACACUGUAAAAAUAAAUUAAAAUAUAAAACGAUAUACAGAAAUAUAA